UUUUGGCUAUUAUGCUGAGAAACUGCUGGUUUUAACCAGGAAAAGAGCCGUGCAAUUGGAGGCAGGGUCAGUCACGUAUUUUGGCGGGGUUUUACCUUUUACCUUCCCAGGGCAUGGCUGUCAAACCACCAACUGCGUGCAGUUCUGCAGAACCAGUAAAUCCCACCCCUGCGUGCUGAGAGGGGCAGAGCAUGCAUGGGUGUUACUUUGCUUUCCAGAGACCUUCUGAACAGUCUGACCUGGGAACUACUCUCCACAGAGACCUGAGGGCUUCCUGCAGAGCUGUGUUUAUCUAGAGAGGGACAGUGCAGAGCUGCAGGCUCCAGCUUCUGGCUCACAGGAAGAAGCCCACACACGUGACAGUGAACUGCUGGUUCUGCAAUCAGGACACGGUAGUGCCAUAUGGGAAUCGCAACUGCUGGGAUUGCCCCAACUGUGAGCAGUACAACGGGUUCCAAGAGAAUGGAGACUACAACAAGCCCAUCCCUGCUCAGUACAUGGAACACCUUAACCAUGUUGUGUCAGGUGCUAUGACUUUCUGUGAUCCUACCAAACCACAGCAGUGGGUGAGCAGCCAAAUUCUGCUUUGCAAGAAAUGCAACAACCAUCAAACCACAAAGAUCAAACAACUGGCUUCAUUCUCACCAAGGGAAGAGAACAAAUACGAUGAGGAGAUUGAGGUCUACAAGCACCACCUGGAGCAGACCUACAAGCUGUGCCGACCGUGCCAGGCUGCUGUGGAGUAUUACAUCAAACAUCAGAACCGGCAGCUCCGGGCGCUGCUGCUCAGCCACCACUUCAAACGCCGUGAGACAGACAAGACCUAUAGUCAGAAUUUAUGUUCAUCCACCUCUUCUGCUUCCAUAACCACACCAGCUCAGGUGAUACUUCUGCGGUUCUUGGCCUUCCUCAGCUGUGCAUUCCUGGUUCUGAUGGCCUUGUACGGGUCAGGCGACCCCUUCUCACCCAGCACGGCAAUCCCUGCUCCUGUCUCCUCUGGUCCCAUAUCCACUCCAAACAGGACUGGCACAAGCUCACAUGCAGACUUGGAAAACGACACUUCCAUGGCGGUGGCCCGCUGGCGGGAGCUGCUCCGUCUGCUCCCAGAGCAGAUGGUGGAGAACCUGAGUGCAGCAUGGGCUUACGGGAAGAACCACCAGGUUGCAGUUGCUGUCCUUGGGCUCUUCACCUGCCUGCUGGCCAUGUUCUUAGCUGGGCGGAUCAGGCUCCGGAGAAUUGAUGCAUUUGCUUCAGUCUUGUGGUUCGUAGUGAUGAGUCUGCAUUUAGCUGAGAGAUACCUGAAGACAGAAACACCCAGCUGGCUGGACACAGCCAAAUUUGGCACCACAUCCUUGUGCUGCUUGGUGGGCUUCACUGCAGCAGUGGCCACGCGGAAGUCAACGGGCCAUCGGAGAUACCGGCCCCGAAGGUACCUCUCUGGGGAUUCCAUUACUCUCUUCCCCAGCGGCACUGGGACUGGCUUCACUUCCCCUGCUACAUCUCUCUUUGUCCCAACACCACCCAGUAUUCUCCAGCUGACAAACCAGCAGCUCUUCAGGUCCCCACGCAGAUCUUCUCCUUCCUCUCUUCCUGGGCGUCUCAACAGGGCACUCUCACUGGGAACCAUCCCCUCCUUGGCCAGAGCAGAUUCUGGCUACUUGUUCAGUGGAAGUCGCCCAGCCUCACAGUCAUCUCAGUCCAAGGAAUCUCCUACAUCAGAGCACUUCUCCCUGCUGUCAGGCAGCUGUGCUCCCUCCCGCAUCCCUUCCCCAGCACCAUCAGUGGCUGGCUCUGUGACCUCCAGCUCGGGUUCCCUGCGGUACCGCCGCCCGCUCAUCAGCCCUGCCCGCCUCAACCUGAAAGGCCAGAAGCUGCUGCUCUUCCCAUCUCAGAAUGAAGCUCAGCUCACUCCAUCUAGCUCAGAGGAGCACACCCACUCAGACAACAACAUCUUUGCCACCGAGCUGGCCUCCUUUCCAAAGAAGAACCUCAACGAGCGGGGAAUUCAUGAUGUGAGAUCUGCUAUGGAAGGAGGGAGCAUUUGCAGUGAUAAUUCCAUCAAAAAGGAGGAUCAUUCAUCACACUCAUCUACGUGUGUUGUCGACACAACGACCAAAGGGGAAGAUUUGGCAGGCUGGAGAGGUCAUUUUGGUAACUCUGCUCUCCGAGGCCUGCUAGCCCUGAGUCUGACUCUCAAUGCUAUCUUCACGUCAGCCUACGUCUACCGGAGCCUGCGUUGAUUUGUGCCAACCUUCCCCUUCUUUCUGGUUCCACCUGCUUCGGAGGAGACAAGAAGGAUUCAACCAUGGCUUCACGUCUAAUGGCCAUGCCACUGGUGCAUGCUGGUUUUUAAUGAACUACUGUCUACUCGACUGUCAUGACAAGGAA